GCCUCAAGAUCCUUCCCCCGGAGUUCGGUUGGAGUCUCUCUAUAAAUGUCCCCGGGAGUUUCCGAAAUCCACACUCGGUGACUUCAGCUGAACAAUGGUUAACAUGAGCGAUCAGCCAUCUCUACAAAAACACACACAGACCCUGAAUCAGAAGCAGCCGAGGAAAAGAAACAAUAAAAAGAAAAGGAGUUAUUGGGACAAAAUAUCGCCAACAACUCACAUUCAAACUUGAUUGACAAGAGUCUCUUUAUAAGGUCUGGUGUGCUAGGAGUGGGAGCGUGUCGUAUUGUGUCUGUGGAUAGCGACUGAUUGGUGCGAUGACUGCGGAGUGGCUGUACCCCCCUGGCGUGGGGCCGCUGUGUGGUGCAGAGUUGGAGGCGUGGUAUGAAGACCUACAGGAUAUACUGGGCUCCGACACGGGCGGGGCCAAACUUACAAGAGCCCCGCCUUCUUCAGAGAAGGAGCCUGAGUUUUUGGAUGUUUUGGAGAGCUGUUCGCUCACCUGGUUGACCGAAGGGCAGGUAUGGGGCGACGGGGUGCAACGGGUCACCGAAGAUCCGCCCGUUCACCAAUCGCCACCAAGGCAAGAAGAACGAACCACGGAGAACACCUCAUCCGGAGAUCUCCUUCCGCCGGAGUUUUUCGAACUCCUCAGCGAAGGUGGUGUUGGUGACACCAUGGUAAACGGAGGCGCUGGGUAUCACCUGCAUGCACCUCCAUCUCCAGCCGCCAGCGAAGAGGAGGAGCUCCCGACGGUUCCCGACACAUCAUCCUGCUCCUCAGCGUCCCGUUCGCCUUCUCUAAACUGCUCCCCGCCGGCAUCUCCACCCGUCUCCUCCUCACGCAAAAGAAAACGAGGCGGCGCACUUUGCUCUGCAUCCCCUGGGAAAAAGAGCCGCAGAGAGCGCGAACAGGAGAAUGAAAGGAAAGUGCAGGAGCUGACGGAUCAAAACGAGCGGCUGAAAGCCGAGAUCGAGCGACUGGGCGAGGAGGUGCAGAGGACGCGGCGGGCGCUUAUCGAAAGACUGGUCAACACCCGCAGGUGAAUGAGCAACAGGAGGACAUGUAGAGAAGAAGGGGACGCCAACAAUCGGAGGAAAUUCUUCUUGUGGAGAGCGUGAAAUGCACAUUUAGAGGGAGAUAAAAGACACGUGGGAUUGAGGGGGGAGAAAGGGAGGUUUAGUGAAUGUCUCCCACCGAGAGAAAGAGAAAGUCAGAUUAAGCCGUAGAAAAGAAAGAAUGUGGAGCUCAACGGAAAACGCAGGCCGGUCAAAACUCAGCCCACCACGCAUGCAGACUUCAAAUUAAAAUAUGAAAAUAAUAAGAAGAGAUUUAGUUCAUGCUAAAAUUAGUGUAGCUCAAAACUAAUACUACUGUUUAAAUGUUAUAGCGAAAUUCCAAAUAAGGAAUGUUUGCAACAUCAAAUGGCAAUUAAACACAAACUUGAUUUGUAACAAAUAAUUUAAAUGAUUAAAAAAAAAAAGAUUUAAAUUUAAAAUAACUUUAUCUUAAUCAAUAAAUGGCAUUGCAAAAAAAAUGAUGUUCAAACAGCAAUAACAUGAAGGGCAAAUAAAAUGCAAACUUGAUUUUUAGCAUGGAAUUUUAAAUACAAAAUAACUACAUUUAUAAAAAAUAAAUAAAAGGUUGAAAUGGGUGAAGCUUAAAACAAACACCACUGUUAAUAUGUUAAAAAAGGCAUAUGCAAUGGAAACUUCAAAUGCAAAUAAAACGCAAACUUGAUUUGUAACCUGGAAUACAAAGGGUUUAAAAACAAAACAUUUAUUUAAAAAUAACUUAAAAAUAAAAAUGAGUUCAAACAAAAAAUAAAAUAAAUUGUUGAAAUCAAGUACUAUUUAAAUGUUACAAAAGCAUAAAAAAAAAAAAAGAAUCAAAGGAACAUCAAAUCGGACAUUGCGAAAUGAAAAUUCAGAAUCGUCUAAUUUGAAUUAACGUAAUAUAAAUGUUUGAACAUUUAAAUCGGCAUAAGUUACACGCGAAAUACUACCGCUUAAAUGUUUCUAUUUAUCGAAUGAUAUUCCAAUUUUAAAAAAGUUAUCGAAUAAGUUGCAUGACAGCAAUUAAACUAAGCGCAAUAUUACAAAUAUUUUCCUUUUUUUCUAGUACGUUAAAAGACUGUUCAUUUUAUGUUUACAUUUAUUCAUUAUGCAGACGCUUUAUCCAAAGCAGAUAACUUAAAACACUUCAAAACGUCCAAAACUACAUUGACCAAACUGUGUAAAUUAGACUUAAAAAAAAUUGUCUUUAAUAUAGAAAUAAUAUAAAUUACAAAUAGUAAUAUUGUCAGUUAUUAAUCGAAGCCUAAUAUUAAAUAGGGUUUAAUAUUUUUCUCAGCUAGUUCAAAAGGAAAAAUUACAGCUUAACCAUCAAAACAAAAACAAAAAAGAUUUUAAAUUUAGUAUCAAACUAUAAAAAAGUAACAAUUUAAUGAUUUAACAAACUGCAAAAUAAACAUUAACACAAUACAUUUUUUUUAGCAUAAAGACAAUUAAGCGUAACUUUAUAAAAAUUUGUUGGUACAAAAUGUUAUGUAUCGUUUUCAAUAUUUAAAAAAGCGGCGAUUCAAUAUUUAGUAUCAAAUUACAAAAAUGUUACGAGUUAAAGACGGAGAUCUGAAUUGUAUUAAUGACUAUAGUAUCGAACUACAGAAAUGUUCUGAAUUAAAAAAUAAGAUCUGCGUUAUUGUAACAUCUAUAAUGUCAAACUACAGAAAUGAUACGAAUUAAAGACGGAGAUCUGCAUUAUAGUAACUAUAGUAUCGAAUUACAGAAGUGUUAUAAAGACGGAGAUCUGCAUUAUAGUAACAAAUAUACUAUCGAACUACAGAAAUGUUACGAAUUAAUGACUGAGAUCUUCAUUAUGGCAACAUUAUUGUAGCUACUAUAGAUUGUGACUCACAUUCCCAAUGCAAGAAAUAAAUAAAGAAAUCAUCAUGCAACUAAAAAUAUACAUUUUUCUAAAUUGAAUGCAGGGUGUUUUGACCGGUUUGCACUUUCGUUUUUUUCCGUUUGAAGCACCGACUUUUAUUAAACAACCCAAAGGUUAAUCAACUUUUUGUGUAAUUGAAAGCUGAUUGUAAAGGGAAUGUGUAGAAGCGGCAGAGCUGCAAUAAAGGCUUGUAGAAUGCU